AUGGACCCGAAUCCAUUCCCUCCACUAGCAAGAGGCAGGAGAGGCAGAGGGGGAAUAAACCCUUUUGCCAACAAUGAUAGGAACAGGCCGGGGGCAAAUUGGAGGAAUCAUCCAAAUUUCGAAGAGGAGGAAGAGCAUAGGGAGGAAGUUCUGCCCAGACCAUACAAAGUGGAACAAAGGAUUGAACACAACCAGCCAGAACAGGGGCGGAAUCCGCAUCCUGUCAACGCCUUGAAUGACAUGGGAGCACUACAGAGGAUGAUUAAGGAGAUGAUGGAACCUGAGGCCAGAAGAGGAGAAAUGCCCACCUACAGAAAGCCAUAUCCAGCAUAUAUUGAUCAAAUACCUCUAUCCCCAGGCUUUAAGGUACCAAACUUCACCUUGUUCAAUGGAAAGGACACCCAUGCUUCAUCAGUUGAGCAUAUAGGUAGAUUCUCUGUCCAAUGCAUAGCCAUAGAAGAUAACCCUUUAUUAAAACUAAGGCAUUUUGGAAAUUCUCUCUUUGGGCAAGCCUUCACCUGGUAUACUAACUUACCAGCCAAUUUUGUUCAAACUUGGGAACAUAUGGAAAAUGUCUUCCAUGACUACUACUUUAGAAUUCAGCCAGAGGUCACCAUCAGUGAUCUAGCAGCCCUCAAACAAAGUAGGGAUGAGCCCGCACAAGACUUCAUAACCAGGUUCAUGAAGCUUAAGAUGAAAUGCUAG